AGAAGCGUUUGAGAGAAACUGUCGUGCUGUCGAAUUAGCUCCAGAUCAUGUUCCAGAUAUAAAUGUUAUCACAGGAGUUUUAAAAGACUAUUUAAGAGAAUUACCAGAGCCACUAUUCACGAGAUGUUUAUUCCAAAUGACAGUGGAUGCAUUAGGUGUAUGUUUACCGGAUGACCCAGAAGGAAAUGCAAAGCUGAUGCUGAGUAUUUUGGAUUGUUUACCAAGAGCGAAUCGGGCAACUCUUGUUUUUCUCCUCGAUCAUUUAUCAUUGGUCGUUUCAGCAUCCGAAAGAAAUAAAAUGUCAGCCCAAGCAUUGGCAACUGUAAUCGGUCCACCACUGAUGUUGCAUUCAGCGAAUAGCCCAAACGGUUCCGAAGUAGAUCAUGCGCAACCGAUCGCUGUUUUAAAGUAUUUACUUCAAAUUUGGCCACAACCGCAAACUGCUAAUAUCUCAGGUAACGUUACCAGCAACUAG